CACGCAUCUCUCCGUCGCAACCCCUCUCUAGGGGUUUCCUCCGCCCCAGUUCUCGGGCUGCCGUCGAUGGCGAAGAGAGGGAGAGUGGUGAAGUGCUCGGCGGAAGGAAACGGAAAAAACGGCAGCGGGUGGGAGAAGAAGGGGAUGAUGAGCGCUUCGGUGAUGGCGGCGGUGGCCGCAGCAGCUGCGUCGAGCCCAGCG